AAACACCGCUCCCCCUUCCAUUCUCCCUUUCUACCAGCACAACAAGUUACACAACAAACUCCUGUAGUUUUGCUCCUCUCUUUUCUCUCUUUCUCAGGGAGUUGAUGCAUGACAUGGGGGAAGUGGUAUGGGACUUGUUUGGCGAGGAUGUUGGUGAGCAAGGGCUGCCUCCUGGCUUUAGGUUCCAUCCCACUGAUGAGGAGCUCAUCACCUUCUACUUGGCCUCCAAGGUCUUCAAUGGAGGCCUUUGCGGCAUCGACAUCGUCGAGGUUGAUCUCAAUAGAUGUGAGCCAUGGGAGCUUCCAGAGGAGGAGUGGGUGAUCUGCAGGAUAUUCAACAAGACUGGAGAAAAGAAGAAUCCUUACUACCCGAACCCCACCUGCUCGCUAGAUCCAUCUUAUCCCUCCCCCAACCCUGGUCUUCCCCCAUUCAUAGACCUCCAACCCGGAGAGAACCCAAUCCAAAUCCUCCUCCAAAGCUACCAAUCCUUCUUCCACCAAGAAGCCAACCCCUUCCUUCCCCUACCUCUUGCUGAACCCCUCCACGCUACCACCACCCUCCCUUCACCCCUCAAACACCAAUGCCCUCCAAAAGACAACCCAAACCCACAGGAGGAACAAGCGUCUAGCUGGCUCGAAACAUAUCUACAGAACCCUUUCCUCUAUGACACGGGACUAGCCCAACUUGGGCUAGGGGGAGCUGUUCAUGACCUGCCCUUUCUGGGUCUCGCUGCUACAGGAGAAUCUGGACCCCUGGUCUCUUGAGAUCUCGUCACUACAGAGCUACGUACCUAAAGAAAGAGUGUUAGCCAGCUGAGCUGUGUAUAUUAGGUUCUUCUGUUGUACCAACUACCAGCUUUUCUUUGGUUUGCUAAGAUAUGUAUCCACCUCUGCAAUCUAGGAGAUAACAAGAGACUGCGCGAGACUAUAUAUAUUGACCCAUCAAAGAACUUUUUUACCUUCUUUUAGUUAUAAA